AUGAUUCCGCUGCCUCGCGGAGCCGACUUGACGAGCACGCAGCAGCUGACUCGCUGCGAUGCCACUGCGACGGCACCAAGGGAUGACAUCGAAGUCGACGGGGUCCGGCGGCGUGCUGGCUCGCCGUCUGCGUGCUUCUCGAUACCGCUGGACCUGACCCUGCGCAGCUCGUCGCCAGAAUUCAUCGACUACUACGACAAGAACCUGGCUGGCCUGAUGGUGUGGCUUGACUCGGAGGAAAACGACUACAGACGACGUGUGCUGCCCUUGGCCAUGAGCACGCCGGCUUUGAGAUACGCCGUCGCGGCCAUCGCGGCGCAUCAUGGUGCCGCCACCUUUUCUCUCGCCAUGCCGCGGUUCCCCGAGGCUGCCAGAGACGCUUGCCUUGGCCUGAUCAACCGCCACAUCCAGGACAUGACGGGGCGCCUGACGGAUGGUUCUGAGCUGGAUACUCGCACCGACAUUGCCGAAGCCGAGUGGAUCCUGGCCUCCAUCCUGAUGAUUUCGUGCUACGAGAUGACCAAUUCGCGGGUCGCCGCAGCCGAGGGACACAGACGCGCUGCUAGGACGCUGGUCAACGUCUUCACGUCCAAGGAAGCGAGCAACGGGGGUCUCUUCCGCUUUCUGCGGAACCAACUCUUCAUCUACGAUGUCCUGGUAUCAACCACGUCCUUCAAUUUGCAAGACAUUGAAGAAACCGUGCCUCCCCCGCCUGGCACGGAACAUGGCCUUUUCUCGCAAUACCUGUCUCUGCUACACUUUGUCACGCUUCUGUCUCGUCGCGCCCUCUUCAGUCUGGACGCCAAUGCCUUGACACUGACCACGUCCACGUUUCCCGACGCAACGCUCAUUCGGCGCCAGUUCGAACAAGCCCGAGGUGUCACCCUCCUCGCCGCGGGCAAACUUAGGAUCGAGCCCGCCAUUAUCCGCCGCGACUUUGUACGACUUGUCGACAUUUAUCACCACACGGCUGUUCUGUACUCGUACCGCUGCCUUGGAUACGCACACGACGACAACCCGGACUGGAAACCAUCAGUGGCCAGGCUCUUCCAGCAACUCGACGCGUUGGAGGAUCCCGCGCUAUGCGCCCAUAACCUGCCCUGGCCUGCCUUCAUUGCCGGCGCUGAAUCCCACGACAAUGCGGUGAAGCAGCGAGCCGUCACCAAACUACUGGCAGAUAUUAUCACCAAGACGACGGGCUUCAAGAACCAUGCCGACAUUCUCGGCUUCCUGGGCGUGUUUUGGGGCGGCGAAAAUCCAGACUGGCGACCGCUGGCUCAGCAAUUCCAAGAAAAUGGCUACCAAGUCCUUCCUGUGUGA